AUGGAUCCUGCAAGCUCCUUCUCCAGCAGAACCCUCUCUCCCGACCCUGAAGACACCCAGCAGACUGAUACUCUCACACUCGACAAAUCACAGCCCCUCGAACCACCAAGUCAUCCACAACACAACACACAAAGCAGUAUCCCGCGAAAACGCAAAAACACAGAUGACCACCCUCCCUCCAAAGUACCCCGGAUAGAAGCCCUGCACGCCACCUCCGUGGACCCCGACUCGCACUGGCAAUCCGUCGCCUUCUUCCACGAAGUCAUCGCUGAUGCUCCCCACGCCUCAGCAAAGUAUGCCUUGCUGAACAGUGAACAGAAGCUCAUUCUUGCUCUGGGCGUGCGCAAUCUUUUCCUGGCAACAUGUCGGAGCGGGUCGGCCCGCGAGACGGACAGGCAGAUUCUCGACAGGAUGGUUGACAUUCUGGAUGAGGAUGAGAAUCUAGCUUUUGUGGGCGACAUGAGCGUGUCGUUUUAUCCGUCUAGGAGCCAUGCUGUUCUCAAGUAUGUGGAGGAUUUGGAUAAGAAGGUUCAGGGGAGGAGUGUGUCGCACUUUGCGCAGGUUAUGAGCACGCCGAGACUGUUUGCUGUUUUUGCUGAUCCGGCGGAGUUGUCGUAUCAUAAUUUCGAGAAUAUCGUUCCGCUGGAUAAGUGGGUGGAGGGGAGGAUGAAAAAGGGGCAAGAUGAGGCCGUGGAUGCUAUGCAGUUGGGGUUGUUGGACGUCAAGCAGCCGAAGGAUGACAGGGAGGUCUUUACUGCUAGGUUGGAUUGUCAACAAGGGGCCUUGUUGAAGGACAUGUCUGAUCUGGCGCUCUAUGUUGCGCCAUUGAACAAAGGCACUCGAGGAGGCGAGCGGUUCAUCUUUCACUCUGCUAUUUUGAGUGAGGCUCUGACGCGAGCUGUGAAGACAAGUGGUGUUCUGGAAUCGAUGGGGGGCGAGCUGGGAGAUUCGUUCGAAUUCGUCAACUAUGUGUUUCGGUGCAACAAGUUUUCGCCGGCUGAUGCCAAUUUCGAGAACCAUCUCGACACGCCUUACUACGACAGGGCGAGGAACCACGUUUCCAAAUACACGCUGCUCAUUUAUUUGUCCGCUGGAGAGAACGAGCCGCUCCUGCGUGUACAAGACGUCAAUAUUAACAAGGUCGAAGAAAUGACGUGUGUGAUAUUCGACCAAAAGUACGAACACGAGGGUCGGCCAUUCCUCCACGGCAACAAAGUUUUUCUUCGGACGGAACUCAUUUUCAAAGAUGAACAUUUAAAGCAUGACGACAAGAUUUCUGAGAUUUUCAGCACAGCAUGCUACAUGACCGGACAAGGCAUCUUUGACAAAGAACUCGCUUCAUAUGCGCACGAGUGUUUUGAACGCGCCAACUCUUUACACUGGGCGCUUGAUAAGGACUCUUCCGACUCAGUGUACCUUUUGAAGCAGUUUUAUGGGCUCAGCUUCCUUACAAACGGGUACAACUACUGGUUUCCGAAAUGCGACAACAUGAACGUCAAGGACUACGCGGCCAUUUCCAUCCUCGACUACUUCAACUGCAAAGUAGGCGAGCAGCCCUUCCAAUCGCUCUCCAACUCCACCACCGUCAAGCAGAAAUUCGCAUCCUCAUCCGAAAUAUGGACAUACCUCUCCUCACAGUCCUUCAAUAACAAAACCACAUCCUUCCGACGUCUCGAGUCCUCCGAUCUAGAAACCCUCGUCAAGAAAUCAUCCGACGAGCCAUUCGUCGGCCUAGUAGACGAAUAUGAAUACGACCUGGAGCACCUCGAGGAAACCGAUCUCGACGACCCAUGCUGCUUCUUCCACACAUACCCGCUCUUCAACCCCUGGAAAAGCGUAGACGUCAUGAACAUUUACGAAAAAUGCGCAAACUACACACGCGGGAAGCUGCUCUGCGCACCAAUCAUCAUGCUAGACCAGCAAGUCGUCCUCAACGAUGAGAAUAUCCAGAUCGUAGGCGACAAGAUUCACAUUCUGCAGGAUAUAGAUAGGCAGCCGCUUCCGCCGCUGAACUUCGCGGCGUGUUGGGGCGAUGUGCCUAUGCCGGAGGCGUUCAUCACGCUGGAUAGGGAGAUUCCCGUGCCGAAGUUGCUGGUGCCGCCGAUGCAGUUCCAUGAGUUUGAGGAGGGUGUUGAGGUGACGGUGGACUUUUUCAGGAAUGAUUGGAUGGUGGGUGUGGAUGGGGGGAGGGCGGUGCCGGUGCCGGUGGUGACGGUGCGGCCGGAAGAGGAGGAGAAUCCGUUUUUUGAGAGGCUUGUUGAUCCGGAUGGGGAGAUGGAGGGUGUUUUGGAGGGGAUGGAGUGGGUGUGA